UUUUAGUAUGUGUUUUCUCAUUAUUUAACACUAGUACAUAACAGCCAUUUACUAAUCUUUUAAUUUUAGGCGUAAAUGCUAAAAUUCCUGCUUAAAUACAUAAAUAUGUCAUAAAAGCAUAUAUUUAUAAACUCACACGCCAAAGAGAAAGAGAAAUUGUAAAAUAACCCGCCUACUCCAUUCUCCACUAGCAUUUCCGGAAGAGGCCUUGAUCAUAAACUGUUUGAAUUUUUCAACGAAUGAUUUCACGAAAUCCAGCGGGGCGAUCAUUUCACAGCCAGUAUUUCUCUAAAGAGAUAACCGCGCACAGCAGUCUAAUGUGUCCUGUCGAGCCUGUGAGCUCCUCUGAUGGCAUAAAUUUCUGCACAUUUCUGCCACCUGUAUCCGGAGCUGACAUGCAUCGAUGCAUUCGACAAUCGCUGAAUCAAGAGCUCUGUUGUACAAUUAUGCGGUCUGUAUCCCAGCAUGGGCCCGGAAGUUGUUUGGGAUUCCCAGGUAAAAAAAAAAAUCCCGGAGAUGCUGUCGUCGCCUGGGAAAACAAACAGCUAUCCAGACAAUUAAUAAGGAAAACACCGAUCCGUCGCCAGGUAAGGAAGAGGCUCGUGGACUUCACCGCGGCGCUUGGUAAGACCAUCCAUCGGUUUUAAUUUGGAAGUACGGCAUGUUUUUGAAUAGUUGGUAGGGCGAAUGCCAUUUGUCGUGUGGUCGGGUGCCAUAGCAACGGCUCAUGAGAAACAUUGUACAGCUCAGGCCAGUUUGACGUGUUCGACGUUUGAUGACAGCUGCGUUCAUGCGGACAAUUUGGACAGGGGCAACUCCUGCAACAAAUUGCUGCUGUGUCUCGCCUCUGUCUCGAUCGCCCAUGAACUGAUUGGAUGUCGUAAUGGACCGAAUCCACCAAGCAGAUAAAACAAGUAGUCAGGGAUAUAUGGAAGAGCAUGAUAGUUAAUUGAAAAUAUGUUUCAACUGCACAGUCGCCCAGCUCUCGGACAGAAAGGAUUGUCGGACAAGGGUCGUCGCUGCUGCGCGUCCCUUUUAUUUUAAUCGCCGUGCCCUGCAUCAGCGCCUGUUGCUCCCCAUGAGCUGCCAAUGCCAGGAUAUUAAUUUUCGCUGCGAUGUGUUGUCUCCGCCCCCCUCGCUCACUCCACAGUCUCCUCUGUCCAUUGUUGUCAUCCAUUUGAGCAAAAGGUAUAGCAUCUGGGUGUUUUCGUCUCUCCCUCUCGUACAAUACGAAAUUCAUUAGGGCAUCACCAUAACUCCGGUCACAUGCAACCAAUAUAUUACACGUCUGCCGUAGAGUAACAGUACGUUAAACUUACAGUAGGACUACAUUUGUAUUUAUUAUUAGCCUAUUGCUUGGGUGGACAAUACACACACAAACACACACCCACACACACACACACGUGUAUAUAUAUGUAUGUAUAUGUGUAUAUAUAUAUAUAUAUAUAAACACAAUCUCUUUCACACACACACAUGCACACACACACACACACACACACACACACACACACACUAUGGUACAGUAUCAUAAAGUAUUUUUUCUUACUCAUCUGUAAUCUUUUCCUCUCCACCUCUCUUCAUCUUCUCCCAAUGAUACAUUUCCCUCCUGAUGAGAUAUGUUGAGAGAUUACGUCAAAGCUUCCAGUCGAGGGCAGUUUGUGGUUGUGUUGCACUAGUUGCUUUAUAGUGCAAGUUGUUCCAGAUAUUUUGUCCACCCCACCCCCAGUUUUAACUCCUCCUCCACACUCCAUUAGCUUUCUAUAAAUGUGGAACCGCUCAUCUUCAUUUGCUGGAAACUGUGUAGAAGUAUCUACAUGUCACACAGAAACAACAGAGUAGAACUGAAGUUUACUAGAUUAGUUUAUUACAGUGAACUUAUUAGCAAACACACUUGGAACUGAAAGCAGAAAGCUGUCUGUUUCCUAGCCUUAACCUUGUACCAACAAACAGCUGGCAUCUGGUGAGAGAAUGAGCGCUGAUGACUGCAAUGGACGCUCAUAUGCACAAGGUAAUGGAGGAGAGUCAUCAACGGAGCAGGAUUUUUAUGGCGGGUUGCAGGGCCCUUCAGCAAGAUCUCCAAACAGUCAGCAGUCCUCACCACACCGUUCUCUUAGUGCAAGCUCCAUUAAGGUUGAGAUGUGCAGUGAUGAUGAGUCACCAGGUGCUUCACAGACAGAGAACAGAGAGGCUGUAAGGGACGAUAGCAGGAAGGAUGACAGAGGGGACCCCAUGGAAGAAGGCAGCACAGAGUACACUGGAGCUGGAAGAGACAGAGCGAGCAUUUACAAUGAAAUGGCUAGUCCAAAUGCUGCUUCACCAGGACCUAUUCGACUGCCCAAUGGGAAGCUCCAGUGUGAAGUGUGCGGGAUGAUCUGCAUCGGACCCAACGUGCUGAUGGUGCACAAACGUAGCCACACAGGUGAAAGGCCAUUCCAUUGUAACCAGUGUGGAGCUUCCUUCACCCAGAAGGGGAACCUGUUGCGCCACAUCAAGUUGCACUCAGGAGAGAAGCCUUUCAAAUGUCCUAUUUGUAAUUACGCAUGUCGCCGGAGAGAUGCCCUAGCUGGACAUCUACGCACACAUGCAGUGUCUUCUCCAACUGUUGGUAAACCUUUCAAGUGCAGCUACUGUAGUCGCAGCUACAAACAACAAAGCACACUGGAAGAACAUUUGGAGCGUUGCCAUAGUUAUCUGAAGAGUCUGGACCAUCAGACGGCGAUCAAUGCACAGACGGCACAGGGUGAUGAGUCGGUAAAUAUAGACACAAUUACUAAACCUGUGCUCCAGCGAUCCAAUGAAAAAAUCCAGUUUGUGGAUAGGCUGGCUAUUAGCAUCACCAAACGCAAGAGGUCAACACCACAGAAAUUCUUGGGUGAAAAGCACAUGCACCUUGACCUACCUGAAGCACCUUACGAAUUGUCCUCUGGUUCUGAGAAGGAGGGGGACCUCCUGAGCUCUCAGCCUACUGGGGACUCUGCUGGGUUGGCUGGUUCACAUCUCCAAGGCGGCAGGGAUAAAGGGGAGAACCAUGAGCCACCCGCACUGUCCCAGCUCCAUCCUGCCUUCCUGUCGGAGCUACGCACAGUUAUCAACAGCAACGUGACUCCUCAGGGCCCCCAAGCCCUUGGUAGAGGUGGGCCGACAGCAAUGCCUCUUGGCUUGGCUGGUCGGGAGGCAGGUGAAGGUCGUGAUGACCAACCCUCAGCCCAUAGCCACACCACCUCGCCCAAUGGCUGCCCCGACUCUACAGACACAGAGAGCACAGCAGAAGAGCAGAGCACAAGGGCCCCAGCCCCGACAAGUACCUCCAACAACCACCACCUCCACUACCAAACCCUAGCACUGCCCCGCAGCCAUCCCACUUCCAGCCCCAGUCAGGCCAAAGACUUGGACCCAGAGUGGGAGAGAGCAUGUCCUGUACCCCCCACCAUAGUAAAGAGGAGCCCUGGCUCACUUCUUUCUUCCAGGGAGACUAUGCAGGUGUUAGGCAGGGAUGGCCGGCCCGUACGCUCCUUCCACUGCCAGCACUGUCGCAUCCUCUUCCUGGACCAUGUCAUGUUCACCAUCCACAUGGGUUGUCACGGCUUCCACCAACCCUUUGAGUGUAACAUCUGUGGACACCGCAGCCAGGACCGCUACGAGUUCUCAUCUCACAUCAUCCGGGGAGAGCAUCAGGUGGGCUGAGGAGAGGUGGCUGCUGCUCUAUAAAUCUGUGGGCUCAUGUUUGUUCUGCACCAGAUCAGUUGCUUUAAAUCCCAAGUGUAAGUUAAAAAUUUGUGGUUUUAUUGUGAGGACAUUUAUUAAACAAAAGCUGAAAAAAGUGAAAUUUUUUUUCACCAGAACAUUUCAAGUUUAGCGGAGGCAAAUUACAUUCUAUGAUUGAUUGCACUCCCAUAUCAAAUCAUCUGGCAAAACUAAUGGUUUUGCCUCAGAAGUGCCUUCUUUGGGGAUUUCCUCUUAACUUAAAAAAGAAAAGAAAAAAACUGGAGGGAAACUGGUGCUCACAAAUCUUGACUAGCCAUCUUUUGCUAAGUGAUUUAGUUAGCACUUUUGAGAGGUCAUGUACACAUGCAGUUAAGAAAAGCAUGUACAUUUUAAGAAUUACAUUUGGUAUGCUUAGUAUGUACAAAGAGCUUUGUUUUGUGGUUUAAGAGGGUGUUUUGUGUAGUGUGUCAGGUAAGCUUAAUAUGCACUGAGAGCUUUGUGCCUCUGGGUUUGGGAGGAGCUUUUGUCACAGGCGAAGCACAGAUAUGGAUUGCCUUAACUCCUGCAGUGGUACGCUGCUGUAGGAAUCCAUUGUUUACAGCAUGGUUCAAAAGUGUGUGAAGUCACCUCAGACGAGAGGAUAUUUGCAGCUGCACAGUAAGACUAUCAGGACAAAGCAAAUUGUGAAGGAAAUGAACUUGAGAACAAUCGCUCAACAGUGAAAUGGGCGUUCAGGUCGAAAAAAGUUUUACGGAUUUUAAAGUGAGCCUUAGAAUACUGGUGCAGAUCAGACCACGAGCCAUGUAGUGUACAGUAAGAGCCUGACUGAGAUGGCCCAGGGUGCUAAACCUAUACGGGAUUGCUCUUUUAGGUUCCCUGCUUAUAUAUGAACAUCUUUGCCGAGGCACUUGAUGGCUUUACAGUUUUUUUUUCUGUGAUCGUUCUACUGCACUGAAAUCGUAUAAUGCUCACAAUAAUUAAUCAUCUAAUUUGCAACACCAGUGUAUUUUUAACGGAGCCGGCCUUCUACAGAAUCCCACUGGUUCUGAAGUGUGCGCUCAAGAUUGCUGCAAUUCUUUUGUGGUUUUGCACUUGGCACAUGAGGCUGAGAUUUUAAACAAUUUGCAGAAUGUAAGAGAAUUAACACAUGAAUUAUUUAAAAAUGAGUUAACAAAUCAGUUUGGAUCUGUUCAGUUAUUACGUGUGAUUAUCUAUUUAGUGUUGUUUGUUUCAGCCUUGGUGUAUUUAAUCAGCUAUAUUCCAAAUCUUAUCCAGCAUAUUCCUCAAGUCCAUGAAAUGUUACCUCCUGCUUCUUUAUAGCACCCGAAAACCUUAUUGCUACAGUAUGGUGAGUUAUCUAAUAAUGUUAAUACUGGGAACAUGAAUGAGACCAAACUCAGUAUUCUUAUUUGUUAUUGUGGGUUUGCUGCUUCAUAGUUCAACUGAAUUUUCUUUAAUCGCAGGCAAAAAUAUACUUGAAACUGUUUGAGAAAAAAGUAAAUCUAAAAAUGCACUUGGUUUGAUAAGUAGAGAAGUGUGUGUGAAUGGAAUAUAGCAUGUGUGCUUGUCAUUUUCUGCUUUCCCCCGAAUUGUGACUUAUUUUUGAAAUGUGAAGUAAUUUCAAGAAGUGAAAAUGAGGCAUGAGUUUUUGUCUCCUUGUGUGGACUUUUCAAUGUUAUAAAAUAUUUUGUGAAUGAUGUACCAUGACAAAACACUUUACCUCAAAGUUAAAGAUGUACAACUGCCUCAUUACUGUAUUUCAAAAAGACAUGUUGCUUUCCAAGAUGUUCUUGCAGUUACAAAAGCGUGCCCCUCGAUAUUCUCAAAACUUUUUACUGUCAAUAAAGUUAAGUUUAUUGUAAAAGUGAUUUUCUCU